AGUAAUAAACUUUUAAGUAAUUCAAACACUAAGAGAAUGAAUACAAAUGAAAAUUAGGAGAUAUUUUUCUUUGAAUUAUAGUGAAAGUUCAACGUAUCAAAACUUUUAGAAUACAGCUAUAGACAUACUUAAAUGCUGUUAUUAGGAGUAAACAGCUGAAAAUAACCUCUUUUCCUUUGGCUUGCCACUGGGCCAUGGGCCCAGUGGUAUUGCCAUGGGCCACCACCCACCCCGGUGUUACUGGUAUUGUAAGAACAAGCGGUGUCCAAAGUCUUGUUUCUGCAGAGGUGUCCCUGAUGCCAAGGUCCGCAUCUUUGACCUUGGGCAGAAGAAGGCAGAAGUGGAGCAGUUCCCACUGUGUGGCCACACAGUGCCAGAGGAAUACGAGCAGCUCUCCUCUGAAGCCCCGGAGGCUGUCCGUAUGUGUGCUAACAAGUACAUGGUGAAAAGCUGUGGCAAAGGUGGUUUUUGCAUCCAAAUGCGGUUCCAUCCCUUCCACGUCAUCCUUAUCAACAAGAUGUUGUCUUGUGCUGGAGCUGACAGGCUCCAGACAGGUGUGUGGGGUGCCUUUGGAAAGCCCCAGGGCACAGUGGCCAGGGUCCACAUUGGCCAAGUCAUCAUGUCCACCAGUACCAAGGUACAGAACAAGGAGCAUAUGAUUGAGACGCUAUGCAGGGCCAAGUUCAAGUUCCUUGGCUGCCCGAAGAUUCACAUUUCCAAGAAGUGGGGCUUUACUAAGUUUAAUGUGAAUGAAUUUGAAGACAUGAUGGCUGAAAAGUAGCUUAUCCCAGAUAGCUAUGGCUUUGGUCAAAUACAUCCCUAAUUGUGGCCCCUUGGACAAAUGGUAGGCUCUGCACUCAUGAGAACCUUGACACUGCCCGCUCCUUAUUCACGCCCACAAUAAACCCUGCUUCCUGUCAAAUAAAAAAAAAGCUGAAAAUAAAUCAUCCAAGUAUCCAUUUCCACUAGUUAAAAAAAUUAGGCUGAGGCAACAGGCACAUGAAAAGAUGCUCAACGUCACACCUCAUCAGGGAAAUACAAAUCAAAACCACACUCAGAUAUCACCUCACUCCAGUCAGAGUGGCUAAAAUGAACCAAAUAAGGAGACUAUAGAUGCUGGAGAGGAUGUGGAGAAACGGGAACCUUCUUGCACUGUUGGUGGGAAUACAAACUGGUGCAGCCACUCUGGAAAACAGUGUGGAGGUUCCUCAAAAAGUUAAAAAUAGAUCUACCCUAUGACCCAGCAAUAGCACUGCUAGGAAUUUACCCAAGGGAUACAGGAGUGCUGAUGCAUAGGGGCACUUGUACCCCAAUGUUUAUAGCAGCACUUUCAACAAUAGCCAAAUUAUGGAAAGAGCCUAAAUGUCCAUCAACUGAUGAAUGGAUAAAGAAGUUGUGGUUUAGGGGCUCCUGGGUGGCUCAGUCGGUUAAGCAACCAACUUCAGCUCAGGUCAUGAUCUCGCAGUUUGUGAGUUCAAGCCCUGCGUUGGGCUCUGUGCUGAGACCUCAGAGCCUGGAGCCUGUUUCAGAUUCUGUGUCUCCCCAUCUCUCUACCCCUCCCCUGCUCACGCUCUGUGUCUCUCUGUCUCU